CGGCUACGUUACUAGCUAGCACCCAGGCUAAGCUAUGAGCUAAAUUGUUGGCAGCUAGCAAAGCUAUGCAUGUGCAGAGAAAUAAGUGGUAGUUCAAUUGGCUUUAGCUAGUAAGCUAAAGACAAAAGGGUUACUUAGGUGUUGUAUUCACAGGGAAGUCACACAGCUGUUAAGAAGUGUGAAUAGCAUUUUUUUAAAAACACUGAAAUUACGUUUUUUUUUAAUGUAUUUGUAGCAGCUAGCUAGCGACAUAUCUUUAAGGCUAGUGUCGCUAUAACCAGUAUGUAAGUUAACGUUACUCUGUGAAAUAACAGGUUGUACUACUAACAGUGUGAGUGUGCAGUCCUCCUUGCCAAGGAAGGAGAGGCACCAGGGACCAUGAGCGAGAAUGGCCCUCAUACGGAGGCGUCCAUGUACUUUGAGGUAGAGGUGGAUCCCCUGGAGCGGGAUGAUGAAGAAGAAGAAGACAAGAUCCACUUUGACAAAGACGAUCGCCUGAUCGCUGAGCCUUCGUCAUCCUCCGGUCGGGUGUACGACCGCACUACAGUGCUCAUUGAGCGGGACCCCAUUCGGUUGGAUGAGGAGGGCGAGGAGGAGGGUCACUGCGGAGGUGACGAAGAUGGAGUUACCUUCCUAACGGAAGGGGAAGGUGAUGGAGAUGAGGAGGAGGGCUCUCUGGCCUUUAUUGCCGACCCUGAUGGCAUGUCACAGGGUUAUGUGCACCACACCAUUUCUCCAGACCAGAUCCAGUUCACAAUAAAUCCAGGCUCCACCCCAAUGCCACGCAACAUCGAGGGUGCCACACUCACCCUGCAUUCUGAGUGUCCAGAAACCAAGCAAAGAGAGGUGAAGCGCUACCAGUGCAUGUUCGAAGGCUGCACAAGGACGUACAGCACGGCGGGAAACCUGCGAACACACCAGAAGACCCACCGGGGGGAAUAUACAUUUGUGUGUAAUCAGCAGGGCUGUGGAAAGGCCUUCCUCACCUCUUACAGUCUCAAGAUCCAUGUCCGUGUACACACGAAGGAGAAACCGUUUGAGUGUGAUGUGCAAGGCUGCGAGAAGGCCUUCAACACCCUAUACAGACUAAAAGCACACCAGAGACUUCACACAGGCAAGACAUUCAACUGUGAAUCGGAGGGAUGCACAAAGUACUUUACCACUCUCAGUGACCUGAGGAAGCACAUUCGCACACAUACUGGGGAGAAGCCAUUCCGGUGUGACCACGAUGGCUGUGGCAAAGCUUUUGCUGCAAGUCACCAUCUAAAAACCCAUGUACGGACACAUACAGGGGAGAAGCCAUUCAACUGUCCCAGUGACGGCUGUGAGAAGACUUUUAGCAGCCAGUACAGUCUGAAGAGUCACAUCCGGGGCCACGACAAAGGACAGCCCUUCAGCGUCACCCUCACCCACCCGCUGUCUGAAGAUGCAAAUCACUCGCUGUGCCUCAGUGACUUAAGCCUCAUCUCUACAGACUCAGAUCUACGAGAGAGCCUCCAUAAUGCGCAGAAUUUGGACCUCAACAAUGUGACCCCUGUGAAAAUAUUUGAGCUCAUGUUCCAGAGUCCAGAAAACAGUGUGAGCCAAGAUGACGCCCAUCCCAACGAGAGCCUUGCUGAAGCCUUCAGCCUAGACACCCCUACCCAGCCCGGAGUGACUGAUGCCUCGUCUCUUAUCUCUUUCUCUCUCAAUCCUACCUCCUGUACCUCUUCCUGUUCCCACACGACUUCAGUCAUGGAGGCUCCUUCCCAACUCAGUCAGAGCUCUUCCUCUCAGGCCUCCACACCUGCCUCUGUCACUGCUACUGUCACCUCCACACAGCCACCCCCUUUCAUGCAACUAACAGGGCCCCAGCAGAUCUCCGAUGUGCCUGCCCAGGCUUCUGUCCAAGCGCCAAACCAUGCCAACACCCAGCACUAUGUGGCACUGCCAUCAGCAUCAUUCCUGCAGCCGGAUAAUGCCACCCAGACAAGUCCUCUACCACCACCUAUCUCCGCUACUCCUCCAGUGGCUCCCGCACUGACCACCACAGCGCCAGGCUCGGCUGCUGUGUCUGUUGUUACAGCCACCACAACAGAUGCUCUGGCAGCUGUAGCUCAACCUGUGCCUUUGGCCAACAACCCUGUUCCCAAUUCUGGCCCUGGUCUGCCUCCCGCCCCUGCCACCAUCACCAUAGCACCAACCCAGAACCUGCUGCAGCCCAGCCUGGUCAUGUCUGACCAGAACCUACAGUGGAUCCUCAGCAGCGCCGCCAACAGCCAGCAGAAUCCAGAGCAAGCACAACAUCAAGGAGCUCCAAAAGUGGAAAAGGUUUUCUUCACUACAGCCAUACCAGUGGGAGGAAACGCUGGCAACUCAGUCCAACAAAUCGGCCUCAGCCUGCCGGUCAUCAUCAUCAAACAGGAGGAAUCCUGCCAGUGCCAGUGUGCCUGCAGGGACUCUGCUAAAGAUAAGAGUUCAAAGAGUGCCUCCUCCACCGUUUCAGCCCCAGCACAGCAGCAACCAUCAGAGGUCCCUCCCCCUCCCCCAAGGCCGCAGCCCCCAGAGCCUCCACACCAUCCCGCCACCUCAUCAUCGUCAUGCUGCCUCCCCGAGUCUUCCUCCAAGGUGGGUGAAGUGAGACAGGAGGCCCCUCCUCCUUCUUCUUCCUCCUCUUCCUCCUCAGUUCAGACUUUCUCCACAAUAGUAAGCAGCACUGCCACCAACCCCCCCUCAUCUGACGGGUUAGCCAAUAUGGACGUCUCGGACUUCCUCUCCCUGCAGAGCCCUGAGACAGCUGCCAACAUCGAGGCUCUGCUGCUUGUUGCUGAAGACUUCAACAUGGCCACUGAUGGCAAUCCUUAGAAGAGCUGCCUUCUGAGCUGCCAGUCUGGCACGCUGUCAGUCUGUUGCACCCACUCACCCACAGGCAUCAAUUCCACCCACAUCACGAGUCAUUCUCCUCAGUGACGCCUCUUCUUUUUCCCUAUAUAGUGCGUGCGUGCAUCGAACCCCCUGUACCUGCAGUGCAUUCUGUUCCGUGUGGCAUUGUGCAACAUAUAUACACAAACUAUGAAUACUUUUGCUGUUGAGUCUCUUUGCAGUAGUUGAGUUUUUAGAGACAGGAUUAGUUUGCUUAUUGAGGUUUAGCAAUGUUAAUGCUAAUUAAUGCAGGGAAAAGGCGAUAGAACCUUUUUGUUAAAACAUAAUCAAACUGUAUAUAAAAUCCCAUGAUAUCCACUCUGAAUUGAUCGAAUGAAACAAGUGAGUGUUGUCCAAGCACUGAAAACUUCAAGAGUUAAUUUUCCUGGCUUGAAGGUCACACACACCUGAGCAGGAAAACAAAACGUGUCUGUAUAUCUUUGUACUGUACUACAGGUCCUAACAAAUGCUUAAAGCUGGUAUGCAACUGACCAGAAUGCACUGUAUAUGAGAGGAAUUUGCUAUAACUUAAAAUAUAGCUCCCAGCAGAAAUUUGAAAGGGGUGGGCCACCCAGCCCCUCGUAUAGCUGUCAAAUAAAAUGAUUUCCUCGAUAUUUUUGUUUCUAGGAAGACUAGUUUAGUCCAGAAAAUGUGAUGUGAUGAUUAUUUUCUACUUCUUUUUGACAGUUAUUUACUAAUUGAGAAAAGAACGUGAUCAAAUCUGCCUGUGAAAUUAAGUCAGUAUCAUCAAAUAACUUGCCUAUAACUUAAACUAAUUUAAAAUUGUACAUGUUAAUUUAUUUAAAUGCUUGAUCCUUUCAUUAUACUAGUAAUACUAUUAUCUUCAAGAUAGCAGAAAAAAAGUCUUUUAUUAAUUUAUUCCAAUCACUUGUUGUAUUUUUAGUUGAGCUGUUUUUAUGUUACUGAAUUGCGUUUCUUUUAAGAACGUAAUGGGUUUUGCUAAAGUAUGAGAAAUGAGGCACCUAUAGAAGACUGCACAGUUGAGCAAAUUAUCCUCUAGGAUCUGCUUGUUUGCAAAAAUUGUCCACAACUAAACAGUAAGGAACUACUGUCAACAUCCCAUGUUUUAUAGGGUUGUGACCCUCUCAGGGAUGCAUCAAGUCAUAACUGAUCCUGGUUCCCUUAAUUUGUUACUCAGACAUGCGUUUCCUUACCAGAUGCCCCACACUUGCAGUGGCCCUACGUUUUGCUGCACUCUUCCCCGUUUAUUGCACACAAACUUGUAAAGUGAGUAAUCUGACAGCUUGUUAGCUGAGGUGCAGCACCACUACAGACUUUUUGUAUACAACUGCUGUAAAGUAGCAUUUAAAAGAUGGUGUCCUGGCGACAGUGUAAAUAGAGUACAUUUUAGUGUAAACAUCUUUGAGAAACUUGUAGAUUACUCUAGAAUUUGUAUUUUUGUAUAGACUAUUGAAUUACUAACUUGCAGAGUUUGGAGCGAAUGCACCUAUCCUCGCAUUUCUUCCCGCAGUCACAUUUAUGCAGGAGAGUUUUGAGUUUUUGCUGUGUUUAGUUGAAUAGUUCUACAAGCAGCUGGGCUUCUGUACAGUCCCCCAUAAUAACAAAAUAUAUGUAACACAUAGCCUCCUGCUCAGAGUAUAAUUUAACAGUAUUGUUUCACAUGGGACAUAAUGCAAUGACAAUAGCGCGAUGGCAUUAGCCCCGUAUAUUAGAGUGUAGAGCUACUUGGCCUUACAACAUAACUGUUCUAUGAGCCUCCUUGCCUUGACAGUCUCUGCUUCAGACGUGCCGUUGACAUGCCGACACACUCAUCUUCAUUGAGUCUCAGGCAAACGCUUCCAGCAGCAGAUCACACUGAGGCAAAAGCAUUGACACAAUUUUUUUUUUUUUGCUAGAUAGGUUUUGUUUUCCAGCUAUAGCGUAUGGAAAGUCAUUAAUGGAUAUGCAGCUCUGCUAAAAAAAAAUAUAUAUAUAUAAUCAGCUACAUAACUGAUGCAGAUGAUGUGAUUUUACAUAGUAGUUCCAGUGUGUAGGAUCAAAACAACAUGCAUGUCAUAACUCGUUUUUUCUUUUUGUUUUGUUUUUUUGCCAUAAUUUGCUGGAGUGGAACUUUUCCCUCAAUUCAAAGGUGCCAUAUAGGCAGUUAGUCAUGUUGCGAAAGGCUCCAAUCACACAUUUUGUGCUCGAAAACCAUUCCAGAUAUCCAGUAUCAGAUAUUAGGAGUGUCUCCAAAUCUGAAAUUGGCUCCAUUGAAUCACAAAAUUUUAUUUGUAAUAAUUCACUCACCAUUUCCCUGUUAAGGCACUAGGUGGGAUUACUGCCAGGAGUCACGCUCAUACAACCAUUAACAUAACAUCUUCAUACAUGCAUACUGUCAAUGAACACAACUAUGCAAUUUUUAAGUGUGGCAUUCACAAGUAUACAUACGUACUCCAAAAGUAAAAGAUUUACUCCUCCCUCCGUGACAUGAUAUUCUGCUACAACCUUACACGCAGAACUCAAGUGGCAAAAGUUGUCUUUCCAAUGCAUACACAUUAAGCGUUCUCCAUCAUAUUCAACAUUUACAUUUGGAGUGGUGUGAACCUGGGCUGUUGUAGUGUGUUCAAGUACUUGUUCCCCAUGAAUGUUGCACCACAGCUUUCCUUUUACAUGCUGUUUUGCCUCUGAGGUAACUGGUUUAAAACCAACUGGAUUUUGUUUUGAAGGAGUAUUUAGUUUAUGAUUCUGUUUUAAGAAUUAUUUUUUUUGGUCAAAUGUACGCAGCUUUUCCUUAUUUUUACACUUUAUGGGUUUCAUUUGGGCUUGCUACAUUUAUCUAAUCAUCUCAGCCUUUUACAUUCAUAUUUGACAUGUGGAUAAUUUGUCAGCUCAUCUUCACCAAUGAAAGUCAAACUUAACAGCUGCCGAUAUUUGUUGUAAUCAAUAAGCAGAGAAAAUGGUUUUUGACUUCUGGUCCUGGUUUGUUUUUUCUGAAGUUUUACCUGAAACGGCAGCGUCAGCGAAUCACUGAUGGUGACAUUUGUUUGGAAGCAGAUGGUUUGAAUGCAAAAUGUAUAGGUAGAGUGGUUUUGGAAAUUGAGACGUUUUUCCAAAUGGGCAAUAUUUAAAAGAAAAAGAGGAAACUAUAUGCUUCCAAAGGGAUGUCUUGACACCCAAAGAGCGAGGAAUUAAGGAUUUGUAUUUUUUCAAAGAAUGUAUAAUGUGAAAAUGUUUGCUUAUGCUUGUUUCGUAUAAAGUAAUAUGAUAACUUUCUGAAAUGAGAGCAAUAUAAUACUAAUAAAACCUUAUCCUUGUCACUGAAA